AUGGAGAACGAGCGUGGCCGAGGGCCAUCUGUGGAAUGGGAGAGAGAACGACGGGAGAGGCGGGGAGACGAGAUAGGAUGGCGGGGGUUGGUAGAUGAGCCUGCGGCGCGGGCGCUGGAGGAGCUGGGGCCCGGCUAUGUGGGGGCGACGAACAGGACUCUGACGCUUGACGAGAGGGAGGGAGGACAGGGCGAGCAUGCGCUGGGAGAAGAGCGAGUAGUAAUAUCGGACGGGGGGCGCCUGGAAGCUGCGCCCGGGGCUUGUGUGGGCAAAAAGUAA